AGGAUUAGCACUAUAAACGAUCCUGCCAACAAAAAAAACUAAUCACAAUUCACUAUAGCUUAAGACAAACACAUCUGAGUCCCUGCCUGCGCGUGUUACGCCCACUCCUACAUGCGUCCUUUUCAUCGUGACAAAUCAUUUCAACACCAACUGAAAUUUUACAUCUUCAACAUGCUAGCAUUGGCCUAUAUAUAUAUAUAUAUAUAUGCAUGAAUUAGUUGAAAGGAACAUACGAAUUACGAAUACAGAAAUAUCAUUUGCUUCUAAUUUAAAGUUCAGAAAGUUGUUCCUUUUGAAAAUCCAGGAUUGAUGGCAAGUUUUACUGUUCAGACUGACAAGGUUAACACUUUGGAUACCAAUAAGUCUUCAAAGUCUAAUUUUCUUUCUUUCAUUGGAGCACAUGAGAUUUUCAUGCCACUGACAUGGGUGGCAGCGCUGAGAGAGCUAGUUCUCAACUACAUGUUAAUGUUUAUGCAAACAGGCUCAAUAAUCCGCUGCUUGGACUCAAAUGAAGUUGAUCCCAAACUGUUAGUCCCUGUUGUAAUAUUCUUUUUAUUAUUGUUGCUAUUAAACACAAUUCCAUUCUUCGAAAUUCACAUGAGUUCCACUGUCACAGUAAUAGCAAUAUUAAAGAAUGUUAUUACUAUAACACGUGGACUAAUGUAUAUCAUUGCACAAUGUAUUGGAUCAAUAAUUGGUUUCAUUAUACUAAAAUAUGUAAUGAAUCCAAAAUUACAAGAAAAGUAUUCAUUAGAAAGCUGUGCAAUUGGUGAUGAUCAUAAUAUAAAACUAGGAUCAAAGCCACUAGUUGCAUUUUUUAUAGAAUUUUCAUUCACAUCUUUGGUGCUAUUUACUUUGGGAUUUGACAAAAAAAAGUUAAAGAAAUUAGGAUUACCAAAGGUGUUGACUGCUGGAGCAUUGGCAUUGACAACGUUUGUCUCUAUAAUUGUUAGUGGAUACCUAGGCUAUGCUGGUGUUGGGUUUAAUCCAACAAGUUGUUUGGGCCCCUUUGCUGAGAAAUGGAUUAUUGGCGAAUGAACUUUAGGUUUUUUUGGUUGGAUCUUUCUUGCCUUCAUAAUAUAUUAUGAAUUGUACAAAUAAUUGUAUGCUAAGUGAGAGUGUGAGUGUGUCUGUAUGAACAACAAAAACAAAAAAAUUGUAUGCUUUGUUUAUUUAUCUACAGAAAGAGUUCAAUGU